GCGUUGCGCAAGUCGCCGGCCAUGGGGUUUCGCAUCACGACGUGGAAUGAAAUCAAUGUAAAUGCUGAACGAGUCACAAGGAACCCUUUCUCCUAUGAGCCAUGGAGAGGAAAUCGAACCUUUGAGUCCAUGUUCGAUAUCCUAGAAUCAGAUAUCGUGGUCUUCCAGGAAACAAAAAUCCAACGGAAAGAUCUCCGGGAUGACAUGGUCCUGGUACCGGGCUGGGACUGCUAUUUCAGCCUACCCAGGGUCAAGAAGGGCGAGUCAGGAUACUCUGGAGUCGUGAUAUACACGCGCAAUGCGACAUGUGCGCCAAUACGUGCUGAGGAAGGCAUCGUUGGCGUUCUAUGUCCACCCAAUUCAUCAACCCCUUUCCGCGAUCUGCCAGAGGAUCAGCAGAUUGGCGGAUACCCGACUCUCGAGCAGCUCAGAAGACCGGCCGCUGUCUCAGAAGACUAUGACUCGAAUGCCGAAGAAGAUGAAGACAGAGCGACCGACGAGCCCAUUGAUCCAGCAAUUCUGGACUCGGAAGGACGGAGCGUCGUACUCGAAUUCCCGGCCUUUGUGCUCAUUGGAGUAUAUUGUCCAGCUAAUCGUGACGAAAGCCGCGAUACUUUCCGGCUGAGCUUUCUCAAUGCCCUUGAUGCUCGAAUCCGGAAUCUUGUCGCGAUGGGGAAGCGCGUUUUCGUGACGGGUGACAUCAACAUUGCCAAGCAGGCCAUCGACUCCGCUCAUGCUCUCGAGGCCAUUCGCAAGAAUACUUCAACAGAGGAAACCUAUAUUUCUGUGCAAUCUCGGAGGCUGUUCAAUGAGUUGCUGGACGAUGGGAAGGUCGUCGGACCUCGCGAAGAAGGCAGGGAAAAGCCUGUGAUGUACGAUAUAUGCAGAUCCUUUCACCCAGACCGGGCUGGGAUGUAUACCUGUUGGGACACAAGACUUAAUACUCGGCCGGGCAAUUUCGGGGCGCGUAUCGACUAUGUGCUUUGCAGUCUCGACAUGAAGGACUGGUUUGUCGAUUCGAAUAUCCAAGAGGGCUUGAUGGGGUCAGAUCAUUGCCCUGUUUACGCCGUCUUCAAGGACGAAGUACCUCACAAUGGAGAAAUGGUACACAUUCGGGAUGUGUUGAACCCACCAGGAACGUUCAAAGAUGGCGAGCGUCAGCAGGAGUACUCGUCCCAGUGGAUGUUACCUGGGUCUGGACGCUUGUUACCCGAGUUCGAUAUCGACAAACGCCGCAGCAUCAAGGACAUGUUCGCCCGCAAGCCAGCUCCCAGCCUCUCUCGGUCGUCAUCCACGAGCGGUGCUAUUGACCAGACGACCGCAGCUCUGGACGCAGAGCCCGUCGCAGUACGAACAGCCAUACCGAGCGAAAAGUCUUCCAUCGCAUCCAUCUCCACUCAAAAUUCUUCCUCGAAUACUCUGUCCCGCAAACGAUCACAGCCACUUCCAGCAGCGUCCGUCAAACGCUCCAAGUCUUCAGCCACACCAUCUGCAUCCACCGCUGCAGCAGGGCAGAAGACACUCAAAGGAUUCUUCAAGCCAAAGUCCGCCGAGGGCAACAGGCACAGCAAGCCCUCUGCGGACUCGACAAAGUCCAGUUUCCCACCCAGCUACGAUGGAACAUCAUCACCUACAACCAGUGCACACACGAGUAUCACCACUAACACCGCAGGAGCCACCUCCCAGCCCUUCGAAUCCAACACCAAUACCCAAGUCCCUACAGCAGAGAUCCGUUCUACGCAGUCCUCACCCAGCGAGUUUCAAACAGACACCAUCAUUGAUCCCAUCGUCAGCAAAGAAGAUUGGAACAAGCUCUUCACCAAGAAACCCGCUCCCCGCUGUGACAGCCACCAGGAACCAUGCGUUAGCCUGACGACGAAGAAGCCGGGCAUGAACCGCGGCCGCGCAUUCUGGAUCUGCCCGCGUCCUCUCGGUCCCAGCGGUGAGAAGGAGAAGGGUACACAAUGGCGCUGUCCGACCUUCAUCUGGGCCAGCGAUUGGAACUCGAAUCCGCAAGGAGAGUGA